UUCAGCCUAAUAUCUUGCCUAGCUGAGUUAAUUGCGUCCAAGUUAAUCUCCGUUUUGAAAGUACCGCCACACCUUUGAACCCCAUCUUUCUGUACGAUGAUUGGUCUCCCUGCCGCUGCCCUUGGAAAUGCACGCAUUUCGCGCUUUGCUUGUGUUUUCCUGUUUCGUUUGCGCCAUUUUUCUCCUCAGCCCAGCAGUGGACGUUCUGUUGUGUUCGCUGCGCUGCGUGCUAGCGAAAUGCCGAGCUGUUGCGCAUACAACUGCUGCAAGAAACCUGGAGAUGGUUGCGCUGUGUUCAUGAUACCACAGGGAAAGCGUGACGGCUUGCGUAGGGAGCAGUGGCUGCUCAACAUUGGCCGAAAGAACUUCGUUCCCACAAAGAAUAGUGUUGUUUGCGAGCGGCAUUUCACCGAAGACCAAUUUGAGCCACGCAUAUUGAAAGAAUUUGGGAAAAAAAAGCUGAGGCCCAACGCAGUUCCCACAAUUUUCUCACACCGACCUGUCGUGAAACAGGAAAAGCCCCCUCCACAGGAACCGCAGGAACCUGAAACUGACAUUAAUUCUGUGGCCACGUUAUGGUUGCCCGUAAAUGAUGCAUCCGAAAUAAGGCCCGCCUCUUCGCCGAAUGAUCCCAGCUCCCCUUCCCAAGACUGCCUUGAGCUGCCUGAUGCCUGCUAUGAACCAGUCUUAAUCGACACAUCCGACGAGCUACCCUUGGAAUGCGUAGAUGAAUUGGAGCACAGUGAAGAGAAUGCUGACAGGAAAUUGCAACCAACAGAAGAAGAUACUUGAACAGUGAGGUGGAAAAGGCACUGUUGAAGAAAAGAAUCUGACACCUUUUCAGCGAUGAUGAGAUCUCACCAUCAUCACUGGAGUGGUUGUCAACUUGGGCAUCAUGUGUGCAGGGCCAGAAAAGUGCGGGUGCACGAGGGAUCGGUGCGCAGGUUGUGUGAGAUGCUUUCAAGAGAUGGGAACGACCAGUUUCAGGAACGGGACCGCUCAGUGAGCUUUGGACUGUGCAGUGUGGAUAGGAUGCCGGGCUGCAUCCCGGUAUCACGGCUCUGUCUUGGCUUAGCCGCACCCCAGCUUCAACUAUUGUCUGGUUCCUGCUGGUAUGGGCAUUGUCCCGUUCGUUCUUUGCCCUGUCACUGCUCACACGGAACGCUCCCCGGCGCCGUCUCUGCUGAACCAGGCCAUGUCCUGGCACUGACCCUGAAGAAUCGGGAUGCGAUCCAGCUCUUGGUGCGGCUGUGGCAGGCAACACCACCGCUUUUACGGCCGUCCUGAACCACCAGGGCCAAUAUUGACCCCAACUUGCAAUACGACUGCAGUGAACUUGUGGUUGUAGUUAAGCUCGUCGAUGCAACCACACCUGAUGCACCUAGAACAGCUAAGCCAGCCAACCUAUGAGUGCUGUGGUACUUGACUGUUGUUCAUGGUGUAAGUGCUAUGAGCUUAUAUGUUUAUGUUUAUGUGACUUUGUGCUCAGUUCCAUGUCUUUUGACGUGUGCAUAAAAGCCUUCCUCUUUG